UCAGAAACACAAAUCCAAGAGUGACCCAGAGAGAGUUUCUCACCAAACACACACUUCUCUUCUCUUCUCUUCUCUUCAUUUUCUGUGGUUCUCACUUUCUUUUCUCUAAUCUUCUAAUCUCUUAUUUUCUUCCCCCCUCUGUUACUCCCCGCUUCUCUGAAUCCCUUUCUGUUAAUCAUCUGUCUUUCAACUCGUGAUUUUUUGGGUUUGCCUCACCAAAAAGAUUCAAACUUUGAAAAUUUUUCUCGAAAGCCAGGUGUUUUCAGAAUCGAGAUCCAGCUUUUUUUUUGUUUGUUUUUAAAAAAUUAUUAUUUUCUUUCGUUCAGCCGCGAGGGUUGUUUUUGAUCCCUCAAAAGCUCUCUUUCUUUUUUUCUUUCUUGGAUUUAAGGGGUUGUCUAUUUUAAACCUCUCCCAUCCUUUUUUGUUGUAAUAUUUAAAAACCACAGGUUGAUUUUUUUAAUCUAAGAUCUGUGUGUGUAGUUGGAAAAUUGAAUUUUUAUAUGGCAGCUACGAUGAAUUUCUACAACGAAACAUCACAACAAGUUCAGUCAGAUCCAUUCAGAGGAGAGCUCAUGGAAGUUCUAGAACCUUUUAUGAAAACUUGUCCUUCCUCAACUCCCUCUAUUCUCUCCUCAGAUUCACCAUCACCUUCCUCUUACUCUCCUUUACUACCUCCACACCCCAGUUUCUCCACAUACACCCCCUCUGCCUACUUAUUCCAAAACCAACAACCCUUAAUAGGCUUUGAGCAACAACCAAGUUCCCUUCUCGGGCUCAACCACCUAAGCACGUCUCAGAUUUCCCAGAUCCAAGCCCAAGCCCAAGCCCAGAACUCGCUCUCUCUUAAUUUCUUGGGCCCGAAGCCCGUUCCUAUGAAGCACGUUGGUGGGCCGGCGAAGCCCACGAAGCUGUACCGGGGCGUGAGGCAGAGGCAUUGGGGGAAGUGGGUGGCGGAGAUAAGGCUACCGAAGAACCGAACCAGGCUUUGGCUCGGAACCUUCGACACAGCCGAGGAAGCCGCUUUGGCUUACGACAAAGCCGCGUACAGGCUCCGAGGCGACUUGGCGAGGCUGAACUUCCCGAACCUGAAAGGCUCGUGCCCCGGCGAGGAGUACAAGCCUAUGCAGGCUGCGGUGGACGCUAAGCUCGACGCAAUCUGCGCGAACUUGGCGGAAAUGCAGAAGCAAGGGAAGAACGAGAAGGGUGCCAGGUCGGGGAAGAAGUCGAAGCAAGGUCCGAACCUGGAGGCGAAGCCCGAACCUGAAGCUUCGGGUUCCGGUGCUGCUGCUCUGUCUCCUGAAAGUGAGGGUUCUGCGGAUUCUUCUGCUUUGUCUGAUCUUACCUUUGAUGUAACCGAGCCGCAAUGGGAGGAUGCUUCAGCACAUUUUAAUUUGCAAAAGUUUCCUUCUUAUGAGAUCGAUUGGGAUUCUCUCUGAAGACUCUUUGUUUUUUAUUUUUAUGUCUAGUCUUGUGGGUAAUUAAUAAUUUAGUUAUAAUUAGGAUUGCUCUUGUGGCUGCUGCAAUUGAGUUUUUGAAGAUUGCAGUGCUACUUGUAGGAUUUGGAUUAUGUUAGUCUUUUUUCUUUUUCUUUUUUUUUUAAAUUUGCUUAUUGGCUAUUCGAUGGUCAAUAUGAUGUAAAUCUCUCUACCUUGGUCAGCUGGUUUUUUUUUUCUUGCUUGGCCAUGGAGAAUGAUUCCGGGUUAGGUCUUUGUCUAUGUUUUAGUGUUCGUCCAAGUACUAUUAUUGAUGUAAUUCAAUUCUAUUUGUAUCUCAAUUUAUGAAUGUAUUUGUAUUUCAGCUUACAUAUUGUACUAGUUUGUUUCA